GCGAUUGCAUCGACUGUCAACGGUGGAGAGACAUGCGCCAUGGAGACGGAGGACAGUCUGAAGGGUUUUGCAGAUGGCAGCAAGGAAGGGAAUUCGGCAGGAGGGAACAGCGCAGACUGUGCAGAGGUGCUUGCAACAAUAUGUGCACAGACUGCAGAGAUGGUGGGUGAUGGUGAUGAGACAGAGAAUGACGCAGGAGGGAGCACUUGUGAGACGGAAACGGUUGGGGAAGAGAGAGAGGAGGGAGGUCUGGGAAGCAGGGAAUCUCUGACAGCGUGUAUUGUGAAAGAUGAAAAUGUGGUGAAGACAUCAGCAGGAGAAGAGUACCCAUAUGACAUCAAUUGGGUGCCGGGUCAUGUUCAACCGGUUAUUGUUGGAGGAGCACCCUGCUUUGCGUUCAAAGUCGAAGGGUCAUGGGUUCCAUUUCCUGCCCCCAAAAAGAAUACAUGGCGAAACGUGACUCUGGCAAUCGUGUUUGACAGACUAUUAAGGUUGAACGAUGAGGCAAUGACAGAGGUGAAAGCACGAUAUGCAAUGGACGUGUGGCAUGUUCUGGAGGCGCAGGGCGAGUUCAGGCUGAACGAGUUUUUGUACGACAGUUUUGAUUGCGAAAAGGCAUGGGUGAUUAGCGGGAACGACGCAACAGGGGGUACGAUGUGCCACGAGAGCGAUGCGAGGAGGGAUCCUAUGUGGGGUUGGGUGCCAUGUGUGAUCCCGAUUCCAUGUGGGCGUGUGAGGAUGAUGAUGCGUGAUGCCAUGGGAAAUGUCUGGAGCACGCAUUAUGUGAAUGGCAACUUCUCCUUCAGGCACCUCGACAGGGAGGUCUUAGAAGACGAGAAAAAGGCAAUGACAUGUAAUACCCACAAUGCUGGCUGCUUUUUCCCGCCGCUUCGGAACCCUGUGGACUCGGAGGUGGUUGAAGGGAAAGUUUUCACUGAGAAGAUAAGGGAGGAGGAGCGUCAGAUGGUGUGCGCGGGUUAUGACUCCAUGGCUGACCAGGGGAUGAGGUCCAUGGUUGAGGGGAGUUGUAUGGCCCAAGAGCACGGCGACGGUGAGAACAGAUACAUGGCUAGCAUUCGCCGCAGGCACGGUUGCACGACCGUUCUUGGUUGGGUCCCGGUCGUAUGUCCCAUGACAUAUGAGCAUGGUGAAGACGUCACCAUGAGAUUCAGAGACCCGCUUGGUGUGCCUUUCCAUCUGACCUACUCAAAUGGACUCCUGCGAGACAUUCGGUACAUGUCGGAGGAUGGCUUGCCAAGUUCAACGCAGGCAGACAAGAGGACAAAGAAGCGCUCAGAAAUUUUCCGUUUGUUUGUUGAGGUGGAGGGCCCAUGUGGUACUGGUCGCGUCGGGGGGUGCUCUGCAGCACAGGGUGACAUGGGCGGGCCGAGCGAUGUCGCGAUGUCGCAGAGCCCGGGGAAGAAGAAGAAGUGCACGCCGGGACCGCCACGUGGACAGACGCCCGCAGGCAGAAAGAAGGUGAACCCGAAGGCGGUGCCAGGGACCGGAGACACCGCAGGUGCACGAACUCAGGUCCCCAGACGCCGUCGACGCCCCGGGAUGACAACUUUGUCGGAAAUCAGAAAGUUGCAACGAUCCACCGACCUUUGCUUGGCUUUCGGACCGUUCUUGCGUCUCGUACGCGAGGUUGUGGAGCGGGACAUUGCUCCGGGUAUGGGCGUGAGGUUUCAGAUGACGGCGGUGCGUGCUUUGAUGGAGGUUGCCGAGGCGUACUUAGUCGCCAAUUUCGAGAACACCAACGAGGUGGCCAUCCAUUCGAACAGGGUGACGAUCGAGGUCAGGGACAUGAGACAGAGAGAAGAGGACGAAAGACAAACCAUACGCAUCAUAUCGAUGUCAGUAGCACAGGUGGAGGCUGCUCUUGCAGAGGUAAUGAAGUAUGCAAAGGAGGGCGUCCACUACAACGGUGACAGCAAGUUGUCUUUGCUUCAGGAUAGGGUGCCGAGACAAGGGGGGACAUAUACACCUGCGAACUUGAGCAAGUUGCUGGGCACUGUUGCACGGAAUGGGGGAAUGCUGGUUGAUGGGUCGAAGGAGUUGAAAAGUGGUACUGCAGAAAUAUUGGUGUUGUCCAGAAUGAAGGACAUUACACAAACACCGCCACAAGACUUUCAAGAUGUUCCUGUCAUUGUCGCAGAUGGUGUGGAAUAUAUUCUACUGGAUCAACUUGUGGACUUCAUGAAAAAGAGUGACGAUGACAGGAACGUCAUCCAUGAGGCGUUGCACGAAGUGACAGAGUUUGCUCUACAGGGUCAAGAUCUGAUAGAAUUUGUACCAGCAAUAACAGAAGACAACAUUAAAUCUGGCAGACCGUUGUGGGGGGAGUUGUUAUCAGCUGCUUUGGAGCAGCUCGGUCUUGAAAGUUGCGAUGUUGAGAGACAAAGAGAAAGAGAAGAAGGGUGGAAGGUGAUGGCCACGGAAACAAAUUUAGCAAUCAUUUCAGACAACGGACAAACAUCUGCACCACAAGAAUCAAUAACCAGUAUGGCAGUCGAUGUGCCUCCCAUGCAGACAACAACGAGAGAGCAGCUAGUGUGUUGCCAUAUCUUCAAUGCUUUCACAAUGGAGAAAGAACAGUGUGAUCGUGGAUUUGAAGAGGCCGUUUUGCCAAGUUGUUGUGCAGAGUACACAGACAGUGCAGAAGAAGAAGAUGAAGAAGAGGAUGAGGGGGCAUCAUCUUCUGACGUGGAAGUGAGCGGCAGCGAUGUCAGCAGCGACGAGGAAGACGAGAAACAUGAUGUAUACUAUGAUUUGAAGGCUGCGGGUGGACAAGUGACAAAAGGGUGGGCACAUGCAAUUCUGAGGUUGGCACGUGUUUUUCCUGAUCCGCACAAAGUGCUACGAGUUGUGAUGAAGGGGGCAACACCAGAUGGUGCACUACAGUAUGUCGCAGUGACCAGCAUAAUGAAAUCAUGCAACGAGGAGAAAAAGUGGUCACGUGUUGGCAAGGAAUGGUUUGUUCUGGUCAAUAGAGAGGUUGUGUUAGCAACAUCACUGACAUGGGGAGUCAACCUGAGUUGCCUCAUACACGGCGCAAUGGUGACAGCUUGGGGAGAGACAUUACACCCCGGCUUGUCAACAGGAGACGCAAUAAAAAUGGACAACGGUCCACGGGUGUGCGACAGUGGCAGGACUUUCAUGUCAUUUCGAACUUUGAACUCACAUCGUGCGAGGGCAUACCCGGCCGUGGCGGACGAAAGAACACAUGGCCAGGAGAUGGGUGUGGUCGAUGACGCCGGAGCAUCAAAUAUAGGUGCAGUGAAUCUCGUGAGCGAUGAGAGCGAGGACGUCGGGGCCCCCGAGAAUGUAGACGGCGAGGGCGGGACAUUCGAAGAGCAGCAACCGCAGCCUAUCGAAUCUUUUGAUAGCUCUCGCAAGCUAGCGGCACUUAUUUUCUUCGCCAGGGGCGGCGUCGGCUUCGUAACGACCAUCAAAGGAAAAUUAGGAAAAUAUCAACCAUCAACAUGGAAACUCCCCAAGUUGCACGAUCUCAUGCAUCUGACAACGUGUAUUGAGCGAUCCGGUGUCCCCGACACCUUCGCGGCAGAUGUUUGGGAGCAUCACCACAGGAAAUUCUGCAAACAGCCAUAUCUGUCAUCAAAUAAGCGGAAAGCUUCAACCCAUAUGGUAAACCAUGUGCGCCGGUCAUUGGCGUUGCGCGAAGAGAUCGGGAUCGUGAGGAAACGGAGGAAGAGAACGGUUGAGAACCGGUCGUCCGUGACAGACUAUAUAGCCACCGGAAUGAACACCCUCGCACUACGCGACACGGCAAUGCUGCAACUGCGGUGGUUCGACAUCGAUGACGAGUAUAUACACGAGGGAGAAGGCAUUGACAACCACGCGUGUAAGAUACUUGAAGAGCUUCCUUGCAGACACGAUAUUCGAGCUGCGCUUACGACAUACAUGGUGGAGAAUGGUUGUCAACCUCCUUCUGACGAUCUGCUUAUACACACAUGGACACACCUGGCCAUCGCUUGCGUACAAGACGGAAUAGGGGCAUACUUGUUCAAACUGCAAGAGCGUCGCCACAGUUCCAUGGAAGACCAGUGCGCAGUGACGUCGCAAUUAGAGCAGACAACGAAUGCACAUGGUUUGCAUCAGUAGCCAUGUUUUUUGUCAUGGACGCACUCGCGGACAACGGUAAUAUGGAACACAACUGCGGAUUUGUGCAAUGGUACAAGGAGGUCGACAGUGAACGGCAAGACAUGACAGGUUGCAAGAAAUUGAAGUGGGAGAAGUUGAAUGGACAUCAACACAGUAGCAUCGUUUCGACCGACAUUAUUGUAGACAUAGUUCACAUUGUUUCGCGCUUCUCUAAACCACAAUGGGGAUCGAAGCAGCAUGCAAAACAGCGUGAGGACUAUUUUUAUUUGAACAAGUACAUAUUAUAGAAGAAACAAAUGCAAACUAAGUUU